AACAAGUAUACAUCUUUUAACUUUGUCUGAUUCUUACUUUCUUAAAUAAAUCUAAGCGGGCACAAUACCAGAAUCAUAUUGAAUGAAAAUCCCUCAUUUUAUUAAUGUUUUAUGAAUAGCUUUUAAUAGUUCAAUAAAUUACACUUCAUCUGACCUCAUCGCUCUGAUUACGCAUAGGAUAACAAUCUGCUAACAUCGAUAUCAAUGACAGUAACUCUGCCUACGUAGCCUACGUAUACAUGGUUCUCACGCAAAACACUUGGUAUCGCAAUAAAAAAAGUAUUAUCGUAAGGAAUUAAAGGAUAUCAGAUCGAUAAUCAAAUGAUUUCGUUACAUUUUCACAUUGCACCUACGAACGACGCAGAAUAAUGCUUCAGAUACGUUCAAACUCUCAUCGUCUUACAUGCCAACCUGAUUCCAAGUAAACACGUCUAUGGAGAUUUGUGUAAUUUAAUAAGAUCCCGGGGUAAUAUCGUGAAAUUCCGUCAUCAUGUUCAAAAAGUUCAAAGACAAACUCGCAGAGGAAAUGAAACAGUCGCCUGCCAGGCUGCAGGCGAGCAUGCAACAACUGGCACAGGCAGUCGUAUCUCCAGCUUUAUCAAAUAGUUCAGUGCAGGAAUUGUCUGCAUCUAAUGAGAACUUUAGUUUGACGGAAGAAGGAGAUGAGACUCCAAAGAAUAGUCCUGCUAAACAUGGUUUUCAAAAUGUUGACCUGAUAUCACCUACGUCAAAUUCCAUGGACAUGUCUAGAAGAUCGUCUGUUAGCAGCAUUGCAAGUGAUACAUCAUCUCUUUUCCCAACUUAUGAGACCCCUGACAAUUUAUAUCAUUUACAGUCUGAUAUAGAUCAAUCAGCUAGUGAAAUAGAUGAAAAUAUAAGCUCACAAUUGGAUAAAGUUUCAAAGGAUCAGAUAUAUUCUGCGUAUCGUAAAGUGCAGGCAAAGUAUCACAAGUAUCGUGGUAGAUACACAGACCUGGCAACGCAUUACAGAGAACUGGAGAGAGUAAAAGCGAAACUGGAGUCGGUGCUAGUUGAAACUCAAGAUAAAGUAUUAAGGAGAAUAGCUGAUUUGAAGGAACAAUGCCAAUUGGAGCAGCAAGCAAAAGCGCAUUUGGAAGAGGCACUGAGGAACGACAUCGAGGAAAAAGAUCAUAUAAUAAAUACAUUGAACACGAAGAUCAAGCUUCUACAAAAUGGACCAAAUUUACAUACUGUGGUGUCUGAUAUUGACAAGGAAAGUUUGAAAGAGAAUCUUAUCGACCUAAACACCGAAUCACCAGUUAAUACCGAUGAGAAUCCUCUGUUAUUUGAAAAUGUGCAGUUAAAAGAUAAAUUAAAGAAAUUAGAAAAUGUUAUUCUUAAAUACAAAGAAUCCUUGAAGCGAAACAAAGACAAAUUCACCGAAUUAUUAGCGGAGAAGAACGCAUUGGAGUCUGAAUACAAGACACUCAAAGAUUCUUAUACGGAGAAAGAAAGAGAUUUAAACAAUGCGCAUGCAGAAAUUACGAAUUUAACAGAUCAGGUGAUCAUAUUAAAGAAACGGGAGGAAGAGUCUGUAAUAUCGCUGGCUGAAAACAAACUUUCGAUACAUCGGGAAUUAGAAGAUAAGGAGGAACAAAUUAAGAAGCUGCAAUUAGAUUUGAAGCAUGUAACUGAAUCCAAGGAAAGUCUGAGUGAGACCGUCAAUAAAUAUAAAAUCGAAUUAGAGAGAUUGAAAUCAGCACGAAGCAUUCAUAACGUGGACGUCGAAAGAGAUGAAAAUGUUGCGAAGCCUGUGCAACAAGAAUUACAACAGAAACUAACCAGCGCAGAAGAUAAAGUGAGUUCAAAAUCUCACGAUGAAAAUCACGAUUCUAAUAAAGAGAAUACAGAAAAUAGUACAAAAGCGUAUGAUAAUGAAAUGUAUCAAAAUUUAAAGUGUAAGUUAGAUGAGAAAGAGAUUGAACUUCAAGAAACGAAGAUUAAAUUAGACGAAUUACAGAAACUUGUUAAAGGACAUCAAACUGAUAAAGAUAAGGCGUCGAUGGAACUCUCAAAUUGUAAGAUGAAAUACGCGGAACUCCAGAGUGAACAGGAGGCACAGAGGAUUAUUGCGGAGGAGAGGACGAAGGAAGCGGAGACUACAGUUCAAAAAUUACAAGCCACUAUACAGAGCCUUGAUAAAGAAUUAGAAAAUAUGAGAAACGCUUUAAUCGAUAGGGAUAAGGUCUGCGAAAGUUAUAGCGCGAAAGUGCACGAAUACGCGGCAGCACUUGAAAACGCGAAAGAGAAAUUAUUGGUUCAAGAGGCGGAAAUGAAAGGUCUGAAGGAAAAGGUGCAAGACAAUACGAAAAUAAUUAAAUUACAUAAUGAGCUAGAGAAUAAAAACACUGAAUUAUUAGGAUUACAAACUGAACUGCAAUCUUGUAAAAGUAUUAUUUCUGAUCUUAAAAACAAACUUCAAGCCGAUAGUUCUGUCAUCAGUACACUUCGCGAAGAGAAGAAUAAUUUGAUUAAAAGUAUUUUUUAUUACAAAACUUCUGCCCGUAAGUUGAAGGAAGAUAACGUUUUCAUUAAAAGUAAUGCGAUGGAACAUUUUACGGAACUUAAUAAUGACAUUUCUAUCUUGAAAAAUGGAUUUGAUACGUUCAUGAAGGCGAGUAGUGUUAGAAAGAAUAAUGAAACGCAAGAUUUACAGAAUAAAUUAGAAGAAUUCGAAGAGCUCAAGCAAAGGUAUCAUCAAUUACAAAUUGAAUUGAGAGAUACUGAAUGCCUUAAAUCUAACUUGGAAGCGGAAUUGGAAAAAUCUACUCGACGAUUAAAAGAAAUGUCUACGAAACUGGAAAAGCAGGAUGAAGUGGAUGCAAAAAAUUGUAAACUUAUAGCAGAGAUUGAUAAUCUAAAUUUUAAACUGUACGAUGUGACAAAUUUGUCCGACCAAGUGAAAUCUUUAACAAUGGAAUCGAACGCUUUGAAACAUGAACUCAACGACGUUAACGCAAGGAAUGAAUUACUUUUAACUGAAAUAGGUGACUUGAAACAGCAGCUUGAAGAAACACACGGUACCAAGAACAGAUUGGAAGAGUUCAUACAAAAAUAUACGGAAACGACAGAAGCACUUGAAAAAUUAAAAUCGGAAAGUGUUGAUUGUAGUAACUUAGAACAGGAAAUAAACAUCUUACAAUCAGAAGUUAAGAUUUUAAAUGAAUAUUUAUCCGAUAGGGAUAACGAAAUAAGUAAUUUAACAGAGGAAUUGCGAAAUAAAGAGAGUUCUCUAAAUAAUUUGCAAACCGAGGCUGAAAAUAAUGCGAAGUUAAUCGAGAACCACGAAAAGGAAAUUAGUGAACUUACAGAAACGAAUGAAACGUUGAAAAAUACGAUACAGACAAAACUCGGUCAACUGAAACGCUUAAAGGCUGUUAAACAGCGACAGGAUUCCGUGAUUCAACAGUCGAGCGACGAGAUUGCCGAAUUAAAAGAUUUAAACGCAAAAUUGACAGAGCAAUUGAAAACGUUAGAGAACGAAACAGACGCAUUAAAAUCUGAAAACUGCCAAUUGACAACAUUAAGAAGUGAUAAUUUGACUAUUAGUUCUGAAUUAGAACAGUUGAAGUUGGUGCAAAAUAAAAUUAGUUUAGAAAAUAAGGACUUAAAGGAUAAGCAAAACGAGUUUUUGAAAUCUAAUCAAGAGCUAAAUGAGACAAAUGAAAAUCUAAAGCAAAAAGUUUCAGACUACGAGAACGAUCAUCAACGAUUAUUAACUGAAAAUACGCGAUUAAAUAAAGAAAUUGAAUCAUACGAAAUUCGUGUGAAUGAACAAAACGAAAGUAUAGAUCAUCUAAACACUCAAAUUACAUCGUUGUAUGCAGAAUUACAAUCGAGCAGUCAGAAACUGAAUUCUCAAUUAGAAGAAUUGAGUUCGUAUAGGAAAGAAGCAGAAAGGACUGAGGAGCAUCUUUCAAAAGAAAACAAGGACUUGCGAAACGAAGUAAACAAAUUAAAUUUAACUUUAGAAAAUUAUAAAAACGUAGAUGAGAAGAAUAAAGAAUUCGUAAGCAAUCUGGAAGUUUUGAACAAUGAAAUUGCAAGGCUAAAAGCUGUUGAGGAAGAAGCGAAUAACUUAAAAUUAGAAAUAAGUUCCUUGAACGAGGUAAACGUUCAUCUAGAAAAAGUGAAGUCACAAAAUAACGAACUGAUCACCGAACACUUAUCUUUAAAAAACAAAAUUACGGAGUUAGAAAAUGUAAAUACCAAGCUGCAAUCUUAUGUGAAUAAUUUAGAAUCUAAGAUUUCCGAUUUAGAACAAAUAGACAUUAAAUAUACUGAAUUGAAGAAUGAACUGGAUAAACUAAGUGCCGCCAAUACAGAACUAUCAUCUCAACUGGAACAUGAAAACAUAGAAAAGGAGAGACUAACUAAGGAGGUCGAGGAAUUAAAACAUACAGUAGAUGAAAAGGUCGCGGAAUUAAAAUUGUUAGAUACUCGGAAUAUGGAAUUAUUAAUAGAAAUAGAAAGAUUAAAAUCUUUAACGAUAGACGAGGACGUAGAAAGAGAACCGUCGACUGUUGACCAUUUGCAAGAAACAGUUACAAAAUUACAGGAGGAAAUAGAAGUUCUUACAGGCUCCAAUGCUGCGCUAAGAAAUGAAAUACAAAAUGUAAAUAGUAAUAAAGUUGUAAAUGAAUCUUUGAUUACAAAGGGUGAUAAUUUAGAGGAAGAAAAUAAGAAGUUAGAAGCGCAGUUAGAUGAAGCGUUAAUUACAUUCCAAGCAAAGGAAUUACAAAUGCAGAUUCUUAAUAAUAAAUUGAAGAGUGAGGCAGAUAAACUGAAAGACGAAUUAAAAACGAACGAAGAGGAACAAAGUAUGAGAUUGAAACAAUUGGUGAAGGAGUUCCAAGCUCAGUUACAUGAUAAAGAAGAAGAGUUGCAUGCUGCAUUGGAAAAACGAUUUGAUCGUCAGCAAAACUACGAGUCGAAUCUUAUCCAACAGUAUAAAGAGCAAUUAAAAGAUUUCCAAAUAGAAUUGACAGCAAAGUCCGAACAAAUCGAGAAUCUGAUCUUAGAAAAUAAGAAUUUGAUGUCACAGAAGUCAAAGGAUAUAAAUCAGCUGGUGGAGAAAAUUACGUUAAUAAAAAAGGAACACACGGACGAAAUGAGGGAAAUUGAGAAGAAAUGGAAAUCUAUUAUACAACAGAAAACUGAUAAGCUGGAAGCGAAACACGAGGAAGAGAUCAAUGAAUUGACGAGAGAAUGGCGAAAUGAGAGAAGGCCUGAUGUACAAACUGAUUUAGCUAAUCAGGAGUUGGAAAGCACUUCGCGAGUGGCGAUGGCUGCUGUACAAUCGAACACUGGUUCUUUCCAUACGCUCCAACAAACGUUAACAGCUCAGAGGCGGGAGCUGGCUGAACUCCGCAAAUUAGUCAAACUGAGACACGACACGUUGGAGGAUUCAACGGAGAUCGAAUACCUUAGGAACAUCUUAUUCGAAUACAUGAUGGGAAGGGAAACUAUGGUGCUUGCUAGAGUAAUCGCUGCAGUCGUCAAAUUCGACCAAGAACAAACUGCGAAAAUACUCAAAAAAGAAGAGGAUAAAUUGACACUGCUCGGUUCUUUAGGUCUCACAUAGUCGAAAAUAUUGUAUAUUUAAAAAUUGUGUAAGUACUUUUGUAUAUUAGAUUGUAAGUAUACUGUAUUUAUUUGCUGAGCGUAAAGUGAACAUUGUAUUCUGCAAGGAGUAUGAUUACAUGAUAUGUAGAAAGUACGUAUUGUAAAAAAUUUUGCACAAUUUACAGAUAGAAGCAACGUUAAAUGCGAUUACCUUGUGCUUUGUAGUAUAUAAAAAUACGAAAUAUAUUCUAUUACGAAUACUAACUAUUCAUCCGUAAGCAUGCCACGUUCUUAUUAACUUUUAUAACCAUUUAUAAAUUCAUUAUUAGAAUACACAGUUAUCGUUCAAGAGUCGCUAUUAAGCCGUGAAUAUCUGUGUUAUCCUACAAUUUUUUAUUUAACUGCAGAAAUUUCACAGGUACAUAGACGGUUUAAUUUAAAAUAAAGGUGAAUGUCUUUAGAAACAAUAUGUACUUUUAACAUGUAUAUAAAUUAUGUAAUUAACAUGUAACAAUAAAUGAAAUCGGUAAAGAAACGUAAAAAGAAGAUA